CCAGCGCCUCGGGCUCUUCCUCUUCCUCUUCCCUCGUCGUACCCCAUGCCUUACUUCCCCUUCGGUUGCUCGUCUUCUUAGCAUUCCUCACCAGCGGCCAACGACGACGACGACGACGACAACAACAGCGCCCAACCAAGGAACCAACCAAGAGCAAAAGCGCCAGGAUUGAAUCGUCCAGUGAUCGUUCCGAGUUCCAUUGCCUACUAUUCACGCGAUCAGUCGAAUCGACUUUCUGGGAACUGUUUUCUACGAAGCUCUGGCUGCAGCCCGCUUUGGAUUUGAGUGAGAUUUCCCGAGGUCCGCCAGCUCUCCCGCAAGAAAGAGUGGUGAAUUGUUUGUGAGCUUCAGGCGACGGUGGUGUUGAUCUUCACGUCCUUGUCGAAUUACUGCGACGGGGCAAAAAAUUGGGAGUGCGUGCGUGUGAGAGAGUGAGAGAGUGAUCGCAGAGAACAGAGGUGUGCGGAAUUGUUGUAAGAAUUUCGGGGUGCAUUAGAAGAAGCCUUGAAUCAUGCGAGUCGAGGACGCAGCCCCUGCUUGUGGGAUGGUCGGCCAGGUGAAUUUCAACAAGUUCCGCAAGUCGUCGGCUCUCCCAUUGACGUGCGUCAAUCAUAUCUCGCGCGUCUGCAGCAACUUGACGGAGUCCAGGAGGUUCUACGAGAACGUGCUCGGAUUCGUGCAGAUCAAGAGACCUGGAUCCUUCGACUUCGAGGGUGCAUGGCUGUUCAAUUACGGCAUUGGAAUUCAUCUGUUGCAAAGCGAAAAUGGAGGUUCACCCGGCGCUAAGGAGAUCGAUCCGAAGGCCGAUCAUGUAUCUUUCCAGUGCGAGGAUAUGACUUUGGUGGAGGAGAAACUGCAAGAGAGCGGGAUCAAGUACUUGAGACGAGAAGUGGAGGAAGGAGGAAUUCUGGUGGACCAGCUGUUCUUCCACGACCCGGACGGGUUCAUGAUCGAGGUCUGCAACUGCGACAAACUGCCCGUGGUGCCGCUGGCGCGCGCGGCCUCGAUCACCAACCGGCAGCCGUUCUUCUCCUCCUGCAAGCGCUCGAGCUCCAUCGCCAGCUCGCUGCAGGACAUGCUGCCCAUGCAGAGCGGCAACACGAUCAAACACUCGCUCUCUGCCGUCUCGCUGUCGGACCAAACCGCGUGCCCUGCUUUCGGAAUCGUCAUCGACUCCUGCUAAAAAAAGGGCCCACGACAACACAAAUUUGUAGAUAUUACGUAUAUCCAUCGUAUACUCCGGCGUAUAAGGUCUCUGGAUUACGGAUAGAGCAGGGCGGCUCUGGGAGGGGACAGAUUCUGAUUUCUGAUCGUCAAUAAUCGUCCAGUGCUCCCCCAUGUCCUCCCUCUAGGCCACCUGCGGGCACUUCUACACAACAAAUUUUGAUCCUUUAAAUUCUGAUGUAGUUAGCUUAGAUAGUCGGCUAGGGAGAUAGAUAGGCGAAUUAAUCGAGUAUAGUCAAUAUAUAUAAAGUUCACUCUGUACAUUUCGACCAGUUCAGCAGCCGAGCCAGCAUGCGAAUGAGGUGUGGUGGAAGAGUAACCUGCCUCUGCGCAGGACUCGAGAGGGAGUGAGGAGAGGGUCACGAAGGGAGAGAGGGCACCUUCGAGUUCGUCAUGUUUUAGCUCUGUUAAGCAAGUGUAGAAUAUCGUUUCGUAGGAGGAGGUCAAGGCCCCUACGAGUGAGUGGGGUGAGUAUUCAAUUCUUGAACGAUCGGUGGCAUUCUCGGCUUAUGUUCACCUGAUUCCAUUGUAAUUAUCCACCUGUUCCGCAUUAUUCUUGCCUUGACUUGACUAUUGGGACGACGAUCGUAUCUUGUGUGUUGGGGCAAUCUUGCAGGGGAGUGCAUGC